UUAAUUAUCCGAAAAAAAUGAGUGUGAUUACUAUUAAAAAUAAAUUCGGCGAAGCAGCUUAUAGUGAUGCUUUACAGGAGGCUCCUCAAUGUCCAGAAUUUUAUGGAGAACAAGCGUACCCUCACCCAGAAGAUUGUGGUUCAUUUUUUCUUUGUACGAAUGGAACUUUGACACUUGAACGCUGUGAAAAUGGUCUUCUUUUUGAUGGACAUGGUGCAAUACAUAACCAUUGUAAUUACAACUGGGCCGUACAUUGUGGAGAACGUCAAGCUGAUUUAACUCCGAUCAGUUCUCCAGGGUGUGAAUAUCAAUUUGGAUUAUAUGAAAAUAGUGAUUCUUGCAGUACUACAUACGUUAAAUGUAUUUACGGUGAACCUCAUAUUGAAACAUGUAUACCUGGUCUUGUUUGGGAUAGCAAGAGUCACUCUUGCGUCUGGCCUGAUCAACUAAUCCCUUAUUGUAAUCCAGAGGCUGUUGUUGGUUUCAAAUGUCCGCAGAAAGUUCCCAAACAUUCAGUUGCUGCUAAAUUUUGGCCGUUUCCAAGAUGUGUAGGUGGAUUCAAUCAGAAUAAUAAUGAGAGCUUCAACCAACUAGUGUGGAAAAUAUGCCCAAAAACCGUGAAUACUAGUUCUACUAUCGUAAAAAUUGCUGCAUACAUAGCUACUUGUAUAUUUAAUGAAGGUACAAAUUCAUUAUUAAUGAUUAUGGAUACCCUAGGACUUAAUUGUGGGUCUAAUUCCCAUCGGUAUGCUGAAAAAUUGGAUGCUGCACGUGUGAAAGUGGCAGAUCAGCGCGCCAACGACAACACUCGGGAAGGCAGAAUGCUUCGUAGGCAACAGCAAAUUGAUGUUUUGGAAACUUCCACAAUGGCUGAAGAACUAUUAUAUGGCCCAGGAAUAGAUGACUCGAUAUGAAUCUCCAAGGACUUAUGAUUGUCACCGCAAGGACUUUUUUUUGGAACUGGGUCAACACAGACAGCUAUAACUUUGGAAAUAAAAUUUUUUUUUUUUUGAAAUUUU